AUGUUAUUUUUGGUAUUUCUGACUUUAUUGAAUUUUUGCCACGCUUUGGUUUUGCCAGAAGAGGUUAGACCUGCAAGUUUGAUAACUCCGAACUCAGAAGUAAUUCCUUAUAACUAUAUCGUAGUGUUUAAUGAAGGUGUGACACAAAAUGAAAUUUCUUUGCAUAUUGAAACAAUGAGUCAAUUACAAUUACAAUCUGUUACUGAUCUACCUUAUGAUCAUGAAUUUUUUACAAUCUCUACUUCUUCAGAUGUUAAUUCAAAUGGUUUACUAGGUGGUGUACGUGACAUGUUCAAAAUUGGUAAUGAUUUACAUGGUUAUACCGGUAUGUUUACCGAUGAAGUUGUCGAAUUUUUACGUCUAUCACCAUUGGUAAAAUUUAUUGAACGCGAUUCAAUGGUACACACUACUGAAGCUACUACCCAAUAUAAUGCACCAUGGGGUUUGGCUCGUAUUUCCCACAGAAGUCGUCUAAACUUAUCUACUUUCAACAAGUAUCUAUAUGAUGAUUUAGGCGGCAAAGGUGUAAAAGCAUAUGUUAUUGACACUGGUAUUAAUAUUACAAACGUUGAUUUCGGUGGAAGAGCAUAUUGGGGGAAAACUAUCCCAGCAGGUGAGGCAAAUGUUGACGGUAAUGGUCACGGUACCCAUGUUGCAGGUACUAUUGCUUCAAUUCAUUAUGGUGUUGCAAAGCAAGUUAAAGUCUAUGCAGUUAAGGUUUUAAGAUCAAAUGGUGCUGGUUCCAUGUCAGAUGUCUUGAAAGGUGUCGAAUACGUUGUAGGUGCCCACCAGAGAGAUGUAGGUACCGCAGGUUUCAAGGGUUCUGUUGCAAAUAUGUCCUUAGGUGGUGGUAAAUCUCGUUCUUUAGACUUAGCCGUCAAUGCUGCUGUUGGGGCUGGUGUCCAUUUUGCUGUUGCUGCAGGUAACGAAAACCAAGAUGCAUGUAAUACUUCCCCAGCAGCGGCUGAAAGAGCAAUCACGGUGGGUGCAUCUACACUAAGUGACAGUAGAGCUUAUUUUUCAAACUGGGGACAAUGUGUUAGUAUCUUUGCACCAGGUUUAAACAUUUUAUCCACCUAUAUUGGUAGCCCAGAUGCAACCGCAACUUUAUCAGGUACCUCUAUGGCCUCCCCUCAUAUUGCUGGUCUUGUAGCAUAUUUCUUAUCUUUACAACCUGCUGUAAAGAGUCAAUUCUACAGUCAAGGUCAAGCUACUGCAAUUACUCCGGAUCAAUUAAAGAAAAAAAUAGUAGCUUUCGGUACUAAGAAUGCUUUACGUGACUUACCUGCCAAUACUCCAAAUGUAAUUGCGUACAACGGUGCAGGGAAAAGUUUGGAAGAUUUUUGGAAUGCAAAUGACUAUGUUAAGAAUUAUCAAUCUCUAGUCAUCACAGAACAACUUCAAUUCAUUUUGAACAAAAUGAAUAUUUUUUAA